GUGGGGGAGCCACCCGGAAAUCUGUGAGACUUGGAGUUGGGGAACUUCAGAACACUAACUGCCAAUCCUUGUGCGCACUGUGAGGAGUUAAUAAACUACCUCCAGAUACAGAUACUGGUUUAUCCUUCUAACUUCCGAUGAUGAAGUAAAUCUGUUGGUCAUUGUUGUUGAUGUGAAUCCCAUCUGGUGGGGUCAGCAGGCACUCAAUCAUUCAGAGGUAACACUUCCAAAAUGCAUCGAUGCAGUAAUGGUGAUGGGGAAUUCCCAUCUGUUUAUGGGUCGUAAUAACAAGCUUGCUGUUAUUGCCAGUCACAUUCAAGAGAGCCGACUCCUGUUCCCGGGAAAGCGCUGGAAAUGUGGUGACCUUUGUGCAGAAGCCUCCAUCCUUGAAUCUAACGCAUCUGGAAGCAAAGAUGGGAAAUAUGAAUUACUGACAGCAGCGAAUGAAAUGAUUGCAGAGGAUAUUAAGGAACUCAUGACCAAAACAGGGCAAAUACAUGGACAGAAAACAGAGACAGUGCUAGCAGGAUCCUUGGCAAAAGCACUCUGUUAUAUUAACAAAAUAGCCAAAGAUACAAAAGCAGGACAGGAAGUGAAGUCCAGGAUUUUGGUAAUCAAGGCUGCGGAAGACAGUGCGUUGCAGUAUAUGAAUUUUAUGAAUGUAAUAUUUGCAGCUCAGAAGCAGAGCAUUCUCAUAGAUGCCUGUGUUUUAGACACUGAUUCUGGACUUCUACAGCAGGCUUGUGACAUUACUGGAGGAAUUUAUCUAAAGAUACCACAUGCCAACUCUUUGUUGCAGUACUUGUUGUGGGUGUUUCUUCCUGAUCCAGAUCAGAGGUCCCACCUCAAUCUACUUCCUCCUAUUCAUGUUGAUUACAGAGCUGCAUGCUUUUGUCAUCGAAACCUUAUUGAAAUUGGAUAUGUGUGCUCUGUAUGCCUAUCAAUAUUCUGUAACUUUAGUCCUAUCUGCACCACUUGUGAAACUGCCUUCAAGAUUUCUCUGCCUCCUGUAAUGAAAGCCAAGAAAAAGAAAUUAAAACCUAUGAUUUAGAAAGAAAAAAAUUUUUGUGUGUACACAUUAUUACAUCAUUCAUUUGAAGGAUGUUGUUUUUUUCCUUUGUACUAAGCACUGUACCAGGACAGGGUGGUAGAUUCUGAGAAUGAUACGCAGCCACUAAAAAAAUAAUAAGUAUUCAAAGUAAGUUGUUUCUUUUUUCUUUAGUUGGGUCAAACUGCAAGUGACACAGGCAACCAGAAGGCAGGCAAUAACUGUGAAGCCAGAUUUUUAUGGAUAUUUAAUGUUUUUAAAUUUUUUACCUAACUUUCAUGUUCAUUCUUCAUUCCUGUAUUCAGACAAAUGCAUGGUCACUGGCAAAUGAGCACAGUUUAGGCACCCACUUGUUCUUCUGACUGUAGUUCAUAUAUAGAUGGCUUAUUCUGCCAAACAGUAGUAAUGUUUUAUUUCAGAAGUCACUGGUUUUACCCAGUUAACCAACACUCAUUGGUAAAGGGAUGUGGUGGAAAAAUUAUCCAUCUGCUGUGGUUUAAUAUUAGUGUCUAGAUUCAAUCAGUGUCGGACUGGGAUGCCAGGGGCCCACCAGAAAUCCUUAGACCGUGGGCCCACUUUCCAAACUAUUAUUCCUUCUCUACUCACUUAACCUCUUUUUUCUCCAAGUCUUUUAUAUCUACUUACUAUACUCUAUUGUUCCAUUAUUAAGCCUCUUUUUUCCUAAAAAGAAAAAGGUGAAUGACCAUGAUAUAUGCCAAAUGGUUAGAAGCAAGAGGGCCCACUGACACCUGGGCCCACAGGGAGUUUUCGUGGUAUCCCAGUGGGCCAGUCCGAAACUGGAUUCAAUCUUCAAAUAGCAUCUACCUAUAAGGAGAUAUAUUCCUGUUAAUGUGACCCCAGACAGAACUAACAAUGAUUAACAGUGUAAUAUUCUCAUUUUGUGUGGGGGAAUGUAAACUUCUCCCUCUCUGCAAGACUAAACCUGUUCCCUAAAUAAUGUUUAAAAUGUGAAAUAAAACCAUUGUGCUAAUUUUGUGUACUAUUUUUAUAAACAAAAAAAAAAAGAAAUAAAGUGUUUUCUUAUCUA